AGACACGGUCACACACACAUAUUACAUUCGACAGUAUAAUGGCCACAAAACCAGGAGUCCUCACCGAUUGGCCUUGGGCACCCCUCGGGAGUUUCAAGUACAUCGUAAUAGCACCAUGGGCGGUCCAUAGCACAUACAGGUUUGUGACAGAUGAUCCGGAGAAGAGGGAUCUCGGCUACUCCCUUGUAUUCCCCUUCUUGCUCUUCAGAAUUCUGCACAAUCAGGUUUGGAUCUCUCUGUCCCGUUACUAUACGUCCUCGGGAAAGAGGCGCAUCGUCGACAAGGGAAUCGACUUCAAUCAAGUCGACAGGGAGACCAACUGGGAUGACCAAAUAUUGUUCAACGGAGUGCUGUUCUAUACAGGCAUCUGCCUGUUGCCGGAGGCCAAGCAACUUCCCUGGUGGAGAACUGACGGAGUGUUGAUGGCAGCGCUUAUUCACGCCGGACCGGUGGAGUUCCUCUAUUAUUGGCUCCACAAAGCUCUCCACCAUCACUUUCUUUAUUCCCGCUACCAUUCCCACCACCACUCCUCUAUCGUCACUGAGCCCAUCACUUCGGUGAUACAUCCGUUUGCGGAGCACAUAGCAUACUUCAUUCUGUUCGCGAUACCACUACUUACGACGUUGCUAACAAAAACGGCGUCUAUAAUUUCGUUCGCCGGAUACAUAAUCUACAUAGACUUCAUGAACAACAUGGGACACUGCAACUUCGAGUUAAUCCCUAAGCGCCUUUUCCACCUCUUUCCUCCCCUCAAAUUCCUCUGUUACACUCCUUCAUUCCACUCGCUGCACCACACGCAGUUCCGGACCAACUACUCCCUCUUCAUGCCCUUGUAUGACUACAUCUACGGCACAAUGGAUGAAAGCACGGAUACGUUGUACGAGAAAUCUCUAGAAAGAGGAGAUGAUAGAGUGGACGUGGUGCACUUAACUCACCUGACGACGCCAGAGUCCAUAUACCAUUUGCGCAUUGGCUUGGCCUCAUUUGCCUCCUACCCCUUCUCUUAUAGAUGGUUCAUGCGCCUUUUGUGGCCUUUCACCUCUCUCUCCAUGAUCUUCACGCUCUUCUACGCCCGCCUCUUUGUCGCUGAGAGAAACUCCUUCAAGAAGCUCAACUUGCAGUCUUGGAUGAUACCUAGAUAUAAUCUACAGUACUUGUUAAAAUGGAGGAAAGACGCGAUCAACAACAUGAUUGAGAAAGCGAUACUGGAGGCAGAUAAAAAAGGAGUGAAGGUGCUUAGCCUGGGCCUCAUGAACCAAGGGGAGGAGCUGAACAGGAAUGGAGAGGUGUAUAUCCACAAGCAUCCAGAAAUGAAAGUGAGACUGGUCGACGGCAGUAGAUUAGCAGCAGCCGUUGUGAUCAAUAGCGUACCCAAAGAAACUACAAACGUUUUGAUGACAGGCAAUCUCACUAAGGUUGCCUACACCAUCGCCUCUGCUCUCUGCCAGAGAGGCGUUCAGGUCUCGAUUCUGCGCCUAGACGAGUAUGAGAAAAUAAGAUCAUGCGUUCCACAAGAAUGCAGAGACCAUUUGGUCUAUUUAACCUCUGAAGCACUCUCAUCAAACAAGGUAUGGCUGGUGGGAGAAGGAACAACUAGGGAAGAGCAGGAACAAGCCACAAAAGGGACAUUGUUUAUACCAUUCUCACAGUUCCCCCUCAAGCAGUUACGUAGAGAUUGUAUCUAUCAUACCACGCCAGCAUUGAUAGUUCCAAAAUCUUUGGUGAAUAUCCACUCCUGUGAGAACUGGUUACCGAGAAAGGCGAUGAGUGCAACUAGAGUGGCUGGCAUAUUGCAUGCCUUAGAAGGAUGGGAUAUGCAUGAGUGUGGCACAUCCCUUCUUCUCUCGGAUUUGGAUCAUGUGUGGGAAGCAUGUCUCAGCCACGGCUUCCAGCCUCUCCUCCUUCCACAUCAUUAAAACUCCAACCUUGGAAGAUUUUAGGAAAAUGAGAGCUACACACUGUGGUGUGCUUCUUUUCCUCAUGAUCCAGCUCUUCCACACAUGACUAUGAAACAUAUAUAAAGCGCACACAUUUUA